AUGUCUGAUACUACACAAUCCACUUCUUUAGUGGCUCAGGUAUUUAAUUAUGCUGGUAUUGCAUUGUCUUAUUUCAAUGAUUUACCAUUAGCUCAAAGAGUUUCAAUCAUUGUUUUGGCUCCAUUCAUUUAUCAUAUUACAUGGCAAUUACUAUAUUCUUUAAGAAAAGAUCAUACUCCUUUGGUCUUCUCUUGGAUUCCUUGGGUAGGUAGUGCAAUUCCUUAUGGUACUCAACCUUAUGUGUUUUUCGAAAAAUGUAAUAAACAAUACGGUGACAUUUUCUCAUUUUUAUUAUUAGGUAGAAUUAUGACCGUUUAUUUAGGUCCAAAAGGUCAUGAAUUUAUCUUUAACGCAAAAUUAGCUGAAGUAUCAGCUGAGGCCGCUUAUUCUCAUUUAACUACUCCUGUUUUCGGUAAAGGUGUCAUUUAUGAUGUCCCAAACAAUAAAUUAAUGGAUCAAAAGAAAUUCGUUAAAGGUGCUUUGACUAAAGAAGCUUUUAAAACUUAUGUUCCUUUAUUCGUUGAAGAAAUCGUUAAAUAUUUAAAGACUUCUCCAAACUUUAAGGUUAAUGAACAUGAUUCUGGUAAGAUUAACGUUAUGGUGACUCAACCUGAAAUGACUAUUUUCACUGCUUCAAGAACUUUAUUAGGUAAAGAAUUAAGAGAUAAAUUGGAUACUGAUUUCGCUUAUUUAUUCACCGAUUUAGAUAGAGGUUUCACCCCAUUAAACUUUGUUUUCCCAAAUAUUCCUUCUGCUACUAAUAAGAAAAGAGAUCAUGCUCAAAAAACUAUCGCUAACACUUAUUUAUCUAUUAUUAAAAAGAGACGUGCUGCUAAUGAUAUUCAAGAUAGAGAUUUGAUUGAUGAAUUGAUGAAAAACUCUACUUAUAAAGAUGGUACUAAAAUGACUGAUAACGAAAUCUCAAACUUAUUGAUUGGUGUCCUAAUGGGUGGUCAACACACUUCUGCUGCUACUUCUGCUUGGACUUUACUACAUUUGGCUGAAAGACAGGACGUUCAAGAUGAAUUAUAUCAAGAACAAGUUAAAGUAUUGGAUAACUUCAACAGAGAAUUGUCUUAUGAAGCUAUUGAAGAAAUGUCUCUAUUGAAUCAAACUCUAAAGGAAGUCCUAAGAUUACAUCAUCCAUUACAUUCUUUAUUCAGAAAGGUCAUUAAGGAUAUGCAAGUUCCAAACACUCAAUACGUCGUUCCAAAGGAUAAUUUCGUCCUUGUCUCCCCAGGUUACACUCAUUUACAAGAAAAUUACUUCCCUGAUCCACAUUCUUUGAACAUUCAUCGUUGGGAUAAUGACUCUCAAUCUUCUUACUCCGUUGGUGAAGAAAUUGAUUACGGUUUCGGUUCUAUCUCUAAGGGUGUCUCUUCUCCAUACUUACCUUUCGGUGGUGGUAGACACAGAUGUAUCGGUGAACACUACGCUUACUGUCAAUUACUAACCAUCUUCGCUGUCUUCAUUAGACACUUCAAGUUCAGAUACGAAACCCCAGAUGGUACUGUUCCAAUCUCUGACUUCACCAGUAUGGUCACUUUACCAACUGGUCCAGCUUACAUUAUUUGGGAAAAAAGAGUUCCAGGUGAACAAUUAUAA